AUGCCCAUUAGAGAUGUCAUUAUGAUGGGUCCACUAGAUAAGUAUCAGCAUUAUGAUCGAUUCCCUUGGAAAUUCUUGAUACAUAUUAUACUGAUCGUUGCUACAACACUCCAGGUAUACUUUAUGGUGUUAUCUCAGGGAAAUCACUUCAGAUCUCAUGCAAUAGUCUUCUAUCAAAUGCUAUAUGAUGAUGACAAUGACUAUUAGUAGUUCUCUUACCCAAGGACAAAGCACUUCUUCAACUUACCUGAUCUAGUAAAGUUCAUUUAGGAUUCUGUUAAGAAGUACUAUGAUCUAUAAAAUGGAGAUAUGCUUGAUGCAUAUGUGUAGAAAUCUAAGGAAGAUUCUACUUGCUAUUUCAAAGGCAAGAGUAAUGAGAAAUCUAGCAUAUGUCCAAUUUAAAUGGAUGUGAGUUACGUUAAGAAAAAUAUAGACCCCUCAUAUUAACUGGAAUAUUUCUUGACCCCUAAUAAUAUGGAAUUAUUCGACGAUAAAUAUGUAGAUGAUGGCCAACUAAAAGCUUUCAUUUAAACUAUUUCAUCAUUCACCCUACAUUACGAAAUAAAAACAGAUUAUUCAAGGUAUCAGGAUUUUCAAAUAAGUUGUUUCAAUUGGUAGAUCUAGUAAACUUUCAGUUUUGAGGAUAGAAAUAUCAUAUCCUUAACUCUAGGAAUGGAUACAAAGGCUUGUGAUCACUUCUCUGAGAUUGCUAACAAACCUUUUAUUGGUCUGAAUACAGCUGUCGUCUUUAUAUUAGCACUCAUAUCAAUUAUUUUGCAGAUCAAAUAUUAUCUUAAAAUAGGCAAUGUUUACAAUAAAAUUAGAUCACAGUAUAAAACUUAGAAUGAUCUAUUUGUUUCAGAGGUUGAUAAUUUUAAGGAGAAUGAAAGAUAUAAGAAACAGUUAUCAUAUAUCUAUACGAACACAGAAGUAGAUGAGGAUGACAUAUCGAUGGGAUAGUUUGAUCAGAUGACCUAAAAGAAUUUCAGGAAUGUUAAAUGGGAGAAUCUCAGAUUUUCUGAGAAAGCUAAAAUAUUCAAUUAUUGGUCAAUCGUUAUUGUAAUUGGAAAUUUUUUCCAAAUUUUUGGAUCUGUAAUGUUUCUUGGAAGAGACAUAAUUCCUUUAAUGACCUAGAAUCUAUUCGUGGGAUUGGGAAACUUCUUAUGCUGGGUAAGUAUUACCAAGUAUGUAGAACAUGCUCCAGCAUACUCAUUCUUCUCAAGAACUAUUUCUUACUCAGGGCCAGAUAUAUGCAGAAAUCUAAUAAAUGUAAUUCCAUUAUUCAUAGGCUUUGCAAUGCUUGGCAUGUCUCUAUUUUGGGAAGGAUAUAGAUUCAGGAAUCCAAGUAUCGCUUUCUUUAGUUUGUACUGUAUUAUGAUGGGUGAUGAAAUAUCGAAUACAUUUAAUGAGGUCAUGUAGAUAAAUACAAUUGUUGGAGGAAUUUUUGUAUUUUUGUUUGUAUUUAUGUCUAUGCAAGUUAUGAUGAACAUUUUCCUCAUUAUCAUUGGGGAUUCUUACUCUGUAAUUAAAGACAAGCAUAAAUAUGAUUGGCUUGAGGAAGAAAAUUUAAUCAAAGAAGGUGAGGAAGGAGGAGAAGAGGAAGAGGUGUUGAGUAGUGAUGAAGAUUUUUAAAAUAAAAAAGAUAAGACACCUACUAUAGAGAAAAGAUAAUUAUCAUUUUUGACAUUGAAACACAUUGUAAAAGAAGAUCUCGAUAAAUGGAAAAAGAAAACUAGCUUGAAGUAAAAUUAGCCAUAGAACACCACUUAGUCAGAAAUUCUUCAAUUUACAUAAACAGAGGAUGUUGCAUUUAAUAUUAAUACAAAGGGAACUAGAAAGAAUAUUGUUUCAGAGGAAUUUGAUCUGUAAAUUUCAGAUGAUAAAGAUUACCAAGACAAAAUUGAUGAUUUCUUCAAUACUAAUAGAGCAAAUUAAUAGACAGAUACUAAUCAAAUCUAGGAAGGUAGCAUGGCAUCCAUGGCAAUGAAGAUAGAAAAAGAAUUUAGCCCUAGUUUUUAUGAAAAAUUAAAUCCAUAAUUAAAGGAGACUUUAGGGAAAAUAAGAAAACUUAAAUAAAAUAUGGGUCAAACUGGGGAUAAAUGUAGAUAAGCCAUCAGAAAAGAUCUUAAGAAGUUCACAGAUAAAAUUAGGAAAAGUGCUAAUACUGGCGAGCUUGAUAUAGAGGUAGCUAGUAAGAGCAUCAAAGAUACAAAGAUCUAGGUUUUAAAGGAGAUUAUCGAACUUAAGGAAUAGAUAUAGGCAUCAAGAGUAAAACUAGAAAAGGAAGAAUCAAUCAGUGAUGAAUAGAGUGAUGAUGAAAAAGAAGUUAAGGAUAAACAAGAAUGA